AUGAUUCGUGCUUGGAUAUCGAUAUUGCCUGCGCUCAUACAAUCUGUAGCUGGUACUGCAAAAACUCAACAUCGACUUCGUUCGAGUGCUUUUGCGGUUCCUGGAAAUGCUACUUAUGAUUAUGUUGUGGUUGGAGGUGGAACAGCAGGGUUGGUCAUUGCAUCAAGGCUCGCAGAAAUAGCAUCUGUUUGCGUAAUCGAGGCAGGUGGUUUUUACGAACAAGACAAUGGAAACUAUAGCAUCGUCCCAUAUGGAAGCCUACAAAUGCCCUUGGUUUACUCAACUGAAGAUUAUCCUAAACAACCGCUCAUUGACUGGGAUCUAUUUUCUGUACCACAGGUAAAUGCUGGGAACCGGCGAAUACACUAUGCUCGAGGAAAAACGCUGGGAGGAUCUUCAGCACUGAAUGCGUUAUCAUACCACCGUGCUACUUCUGGUACGUAUCAGAAAUGGGCUGAACUUGUAGGAGAUGAGAGUUUCACUUUUGAGAAUCUUCUUCCAUAUUACAAGAAGUCUUGUCAUUUGACUCCACCUGAUAUUGUAAAAAGAAACUCGACAUCUGCAACAGUAGUGUAUAACACCACAGCUUUUGAUAACUCUUUUGGUGGGCCUCUACAAGUUUCCUGGAACAAUUGGGUUGAUCCCACGAUAAAUGCACUUGCGAAAGCUGUACAGUCUAUUGGUCUUCCAGUAAGUUCAGUUGGCUUCAGUAGUGGUUCUUUAUCUGGUCAUGGUGCUUGGGUCCCUUCGACUAUUGAACCCAAGAAAGCUGUACGAUCAUCUUCGCAGUCAAGUUUCUUAGAAGAAGCUAUUGAGAAUACCGAUAUCAUGGUGCAUGCCCAUACUCAAGCCCUAAAGAUCCUUUUCGCUUCUGAUUCACCAAAAAGAGCAAAUGCGGUUCAAGUAUCGACAGCAGGAUUUCAAUACACCAUUCAUGCGAAUAAAGAAGUCAUCGUAUCCGCAGGAGUUUUUCACUCGCCACAAUUACUCAUGGUAUCUGGAAUCGGUCCACGCCCUACACUUGAGGAACAAAACAUCCCGCUAAUUUCGGAACUUCAAGGAGUAGGACAAAAUCUAUGGGAUCAAGUCUCAUUCACUGUACUCAACCAAAUCAACACACCCAGUGCUGGAAGUAUUGUUGCAAAUCUGAACAACUCUGCCGAGAUAUUGCAACGAUAUUACGAAGAUGCUGGUGGGCCAUACAGCUCAGCAGCCGGUUACCUAUCUUUCGAAAGAAUCCCAGAAGAACUACGAGAAAAUUUUUCGCAACAGACAACAUCAUCACUAGAAUAUUUCCCAUCUGACUGGCCAGAAGCAGAAUAUGUAGGAGCAGGUUUUGGAGGUGACAAUUUCUCUACAAUUGGUGUUUUUGGCGGAGUACUUACAGCUCCUCUUUCCCGAGGCAAUAUCACUAUCAAGAGCGCUAGCAUGUUGGACCCACCUGUAAUCGAUCUUGGUUGGUUUAGUGAUCCUGCAGAUUCCGAAGUAGCAGUAGCAAUAUUCAAACGUAUCCGACAAAUAUGGGACAGCGACCCAGCUAAAUCUAUUAAGACAGGGCCUGAAAUUCUCCCAGGAGUAGCAGUACAAACAGACCAAGAAAUUUUGGAGUAUAUUCAACAGAAUUCGGCUCCAAUGUGGCAUGCUAGUGCCACAUGCGCAAUGGGCAAAACUGGCGAUACGAAUGCGGUUGUAGAUUCGAGGGAAGGGUGUUUGGAGUAG